GGGGGAGGGGGAGAGAGAUGGGGGAGGAGUCAGAGGAGGUGUCUGCUGCAAGUUCCUGGCUGCUUCUGAGCUCACCCCAUCCUCCUAGAGGGAGGAGGCCCAAAUGGUGAUGCUGCUGCUGCUGCCGCCGCCGCUGCUGCCGCCUCUACUGCUGAUACUCUAGCGGGGCUGGAAGGGUGGUUCCCAUUCGCACCGUCGCCAACCAAAGAGGGAGGGGAAAAAGACCAGCAGCCGCUGCUGAUGUUGGGUUCGGAGGCUGCAUCCGAAUCGGUCACAGGGAAAAUGGAUUCAGUUUGCAUCUCUCCCUCCUUUCAGCAGCUUCUCCGGGUCUCAGCAUGGGCUUCCAGGGCAAUGGUUGAGAAAACCUUACCAAGGAGCACCCUGCAAUAGAUGCUGAAACAUCAUACCCCAGGAUAAGAAUCAGUACCAUGGCAGCACCUGUUUGAAAGGAAUUAGACACCAACAGACUCCAUUUCGAAAGGAACAAUGUCUAAGAAAGGGCGAAAUAAGGGCGAGAAGCCCGAGGCACUCAUUGUCGCCCUUCAAGCUGCCAACGAAGACCUCAGGACCAAGCUCACAGACAUUCAGAUAGAGCUGCACCAAGAGAAGUCCAAGGUAUCCAAGCUUGAAAGAGAGAAGACGCAAGAAGCCAAGAGGAUCCGUGAGCUGGAGCAGCGCAAGCACACGGUGCUGGUGACAGAACUCAAAACCAAGCUCCAUGAGGAGAAGAUGAAGGAGCUGCAAGCCGUGCGGGAGAAUCUCAUCAAGCAGCACGAGCAGGAGAUGUCGAGGACAGUGAAGGUGCGGGACGGAGAGAUCCAGAGGCUCAAGUCGGCCCUGUGUGCUCUACGGGACGGCAGCAGCGACAAAGUAAGGACAGCGCUCACCAUUGAGGCCCGGGAGGAGGCCCGGAAACUGUUUGAUGCAGAGCGCCUUAAGCUCUUACAGGAAAUUGCGGACCUGAAAACAGCCAAGAAGCAGGUGGACGAGGCUCUGAGCAAUAUGAUCCAAGCGGAUAAGAUCAAGGCCGGGGACCUUAGGAGUGAGCACCAAUCCCACCAAGAAGCCAUCUCGAAGAUCAAGUGGGAGUCCGAGCGGGAUAUUCGGAGGCUGAUGGAUGAAAUCAAAGCCAAGGACAGGAUCAUCUUUUCGCUGGAAAAGGAACUGGAGACCCAGACAGGCUAUGUACAGAAACUCCAGCUGCAGAAGGAGGCUUUGGAUGAGCAACUCUUUCUCGUCAAGGAGGCUGAGUGUAACAUGAGCAGUCCGAAACGGGAAAUCCCAGGAAGGGCAGGAGACGGCUCUGAACAUUGCGGCAGUCCUGAUUUGAGAAGAAAUCAGAAGAGAAUAGCUGAAUUGAACGCCACUAUAAGAAAAUUAGAAGACAGGAAUACUUUGCUUGGAGAUGAACGAAAUGAAUUGUUAAAACGCGUGCGGGAAACGGAAAAGCAAUGUAAACCUCUCCUGGAAAGGAACAAGUGCCUCGCCAAGAGAAAUGAUGAACUGAUGGUGUCUUUGCAGCGCAUGGAAGAAAAACUGAAAGCCGUUACCAAGGAAAAUUUAGAAAUGAAAGAAAAAAUAACUUCCCAUCCACCUUUGAAGAAAUUAAAAUCUCUGAAUGACCUUGACCAAGCGAAUGAAGAACAAGAGACGGAGUUUCUUAAACUGCAGGUCAUUGAGCAACAGAACAUUAUUGAUGAGCUCACACGGGACCGAGAAAAGCUCAUCCGUAGGAGAAAACAUAGAAGAAGUUCCAAGCCAAUUAAGAGACCUGUUCUGGACCCAUUCAUUGGCUAUGAUGAGGACUCCAUGGAUUCAGAGACAUCAUCCAUGGCCUCAUUUAGAACAGACCGCACACCAGCUACUCCUGAUGAUGACUUGGAUGAAGGCUUAGCAGCUGAAGAAUCUGAGCUACGAUUUCGACAAUUGACAAAAGAAUACCAGGCCCUCCAGAGAGCAUAUGCCCUCCUGCAGGAGCAGACGGGAGGUAUCAUUGACGCCGAACGAGAAGCGAAGGCUCAAGAACAGCUCCAAGCAGAGGUGCAGAGGUAUAAAGCCAAAAUUGAAGAUCUGGAAGCGACUCUGGCUCAGAAAGGGCAGGAUUCACACUGGGUAGAAGAUAAACAACUUUUCAUUAAGAGAAACCAGGAGCUUUUAGAAAAGAUAGAAAAGCAAGAGGCAGAAAAUCACCGGUUACAACAGGAACUACAGGAUGCCAGAGACCAGAAUGAGCUGCUGGAAUUUCGAAACCUAGAGCUAGAAGAGAGAGAGAGACGCUCCCCUCCAUUUAAUCUGCAAAUCCACCCAUUCUCAGAUGGUGUGAGUGCUCUACAGAUCUACUGUAUGAAAGAAGGUGUCAAGGAUGUGAACAUUCCUGAUCUCAUAAAGCAGCUUGAUAUCUUGGGUGAUAAUGGGAAUUUAAGGAAUGAAGAACAAGUGGCCAUAAUUCAGGCCAGCACUGUGCUGUCCCUGGCAGAGAAGUGGAUCCAGCAGAUUGAAGGAGCAGAGGCUGCCCUGCACCAGAAAAUGAUGGAACUGGAAAGUGACAUGGAACAAUUCUGCAAAAUAAAGGGCUAUCUAGAAGAAGAACUGGACUACAGAAAACAAGCUCUCGACCAAGCAUAUAUGAGAAUCCAGGAACUAGAAGCUACUUUGUACAAUGCUCUGCAGCAGGAGACUGUUAUCAAGUUUGGUGAAUUAUUAAGUGAGAAACAGCAGGAGGAGCUGAGGACGGCAGUGGAGAAGUUACGGCGGCAAAUGCUGAGGAAGAGCAGAGAGUACGACUGUCAGAUUCUCCAGGAGAGGAUGGAGCUCUUACAGCAAGCCCAUCAGAGAAUCCGAGACUUAGAAGAUAAAACAGAUAUCCAGAAAAGACAAAUAAAGGACUUAGAAGAAAAGUUUCUGUUUCUAUUCUUGUUCUUCUCUCUUGCCUUUAUUCUAUGGCCUUGAUGUCAAGGUGCCUCUUAAAGAGUAACCGAAAUCAUGGAUAAGACCCCAGAAAGACAAAUGCUUUUAAACCUUCAACGAUGGCAUAAUUGUUUACACCAACAAGAGGGACAUCAAAACUAAGAACUAUCCUGUAGCCAGGACUACAAAUGUAUAUUUUAAAGCCAUUAUUCAAGGUUUCUUACUUGACAGUUCCUACAUGACCCUGUUGAAAAUCUACAAUAUAUGCUGCAUUUAAUGAAACAUGUAUAUGUCAAACCAGAAGAAAAGACCUAUAAACAUAUAUUGUGUAAAGAAAAAUUUGAGCAAUGAAACCAGUUUCAACAGAUCAAGCAAAGAUGUGUCUUGGGCAUGGAACCAAAGUUACAACGAAACAUUCAACCCCUGCUGUGCAGGGGGGUCUUUUAAUGUAACACCAAACCCCACGGAAACACUAGUCUGACAAUAAACAUCAUUUUAAAAAAUCAAAAUAACAACAAAAAUAAACCAAGGGUGGGUGGGGAAUAAAGCACGAGGAAUACCUAUGAGGAGCUAUUUACAAUAAAAUGUUUGAUUUGAAAAGUCUGGUUUCUUACUACAGGGAUUUGCUUUCCUGUCUUUAUGAUUGCUUUAAACUCAGGAACAGAGACAUCUGCAAUAUGAACGGGAAGAAAAGCCCUCUCCAUGUUGUUUUUCUGUAAAAGGUGGAGCUUGUGGAAUGCAUCCCUCAGAUGACACAUGAGAUGGACCACAGGGACCCUAACUAAAAUGGCGGCCAAGUCAAUGGACCCUGGGAAUGGAACCUGCAAAAUGAAAGCAGAUUUGAUGCUUCCUUGUUCUUUGGCUUCGGCAUUCCUCUGCCAACAACAGACUGAUCUCAUUCGUAUUGAAAAUGAAGAUGACACUCUAAGUCACAAGCUCCCGACUCAGUUCUGUGUAGGAAGCCUACAUCUAUAGGGAACAAGGGCCAGAGAGCAUCUCUGAAUCUUUCAGUUUCCAAAAUGCUGGUUUUCACAUGGCUGCUUAAACUUGCCUGCAAAUGAAUAUGCUACAUGAUUUGGGUAAAAACACAAUAGAGGUGUUAAGUAAGUGUGUACCAACAGGUGGGUUUGCACAGAGAUGUGAAUAUUAAGCAAAAUUAUAAUUAUUUUUUGAAGUAUCCUGAUAUGCCCAUGGCAUUCUGACCUCUUGUUAUUUAGAGUGAUAAACAUUUUUUUCCCAGACAGCUGACAGCAACAAGAUAGCUCUACUUUUUUUAUAUAAAAUAACACUAUGUAACUGAUAAGGUCCUUUUCUACCAGAGACAAUUAGAAGACUGGUACUUUUCCUAAGUUAUGUAUUACUGAGUCUUGGAUUCAAUUCUGAGAGCAAAUAUAUGUUCCUGAAAAGCUAAUUUUACACCUCAUUUACUGUAGAUAACAAAACAACCUCAAUUUUUCAAAUUUUCAAGGUUUUAUUUAUGGGGCUACUCACAAGCAUAGAGAGUGCGUGUAGGGAGCCAGAAACUUUGUAUGAAAUGAUACACAAACCUUUCCAUUCGUGGGUCCCGUAGCUGAGCCUUCAAGUCUUGAUGCUGGCCUCUUCCGAGCCAGAACAGUGGCUGAAGGAGGAACAAGAAAACUAAAAUGCUGGAGUCCCACGCUUCGUUCUGGUACUGACUGCUGACCCAGGUGUCUUCGGCCCAGUCACUAAACCUCUCUGUGCCUCAGUUUCCUCAUCUGCAAAAUGGGGUUCAAUGCUUUUUCAUACAGUUUCCUUUGCAAUUCUGGAACAAGAGGUGCUUAAAGUAGCACAAAGUGCUUUGUAAUUAUUACAACUGCUGUAUUAUUUGACUUUCUUGUGUUGUUGAGAUAAAAGAUUCCCCUGUGUAAUCAAAUAGUGUUUCAGUUUGGUUAAAUCUAAGCACUGAAGCUAUCCCAUCAAACUACCUGGGACAUUAUUAGCAAUAAUAAUAAUAAUCUAUAGCAAACAGGUCAUCUCAUGCUAUGGAACAAGAGAGAAGAGAUAGCUCUGCUGCUUGCGUAUGCAUGCCAUCAUGCCAAACUCCACCCUUAUCCAGCAAAGCCCCCAUGACCUGGAGACUGGGAGUAAACUGACACGUUAUUAGCCUGAUUAUCUCUUUCGUUUAGGGGAAAGUCAGGCGAUAUUUCCUUCAAGAAAAAUACAAAGCAGACCUAUCCUGUUGGAUUCUGUUCUAUUAGUUAGGUUGCAGAUUAAAUAUGAACAGUAGUUUCAUUGUGCAGGCAACGUGAAUGGGAGUGCCUCUCCAGUGUCUGUGACCCAAUUCCACCAAAUUCAGUCAGAAAAUAUGGAAGAGGAUAAGUGACAUGCCCAGAACUCGGACCUUACUCUUUCGUUGCACUUUGCAUAACGUUGCAGAGCACAUCUGGACAAAUCCAUACUUCCACUGCUCCACCAAGCAUACCUUCCUUCUCUUCUUUUUGAUUCUGCCACCAAGAAACUUGUAGCUUAAAAUUAAUAAUCAGAAGCUAAUCAUUUAGAAAUAUUUGCAAAAAUGAUGUGGUUUACUAUUAUAUCUGCUAUAAAUUGGAUUUUGUCAUACACAAAAUCACACAAGAGCAGCAACACCAAGGGUGAUCAUCUUUAUAGCUUUAGAUGAGUUUAGGGCAAAAUACAAGAGGAGGGAUUCUUGGCUUUUGCUUAAGAUUCAGGAAAUUAGCAUUAACACAUUUCUCUAGAUUAUAGACAACAGGGUGAUGUUUUUACCUGUUCUUGCUCAUGAUCCUCUAAAUUAAUACAUCUGAUAGCUACGCCUCUCUGUUACCCAUUUCCAUAAAAGUAUCAGCAAAAAUAUAAAUGUGCGUUCCAGUCACUCACGGAUCCUUGGAAAUGGACCAUAUCUAAGUGAAUGCUUCCCUUGCAUGUCCUGUUCAGGAGCAGUAAAUAGAGGGCCACUGUGACCUCACUUUUGAAGAAGAGCAGAUAAUCUUCACUCUGAUCUCUAAUUUCUGCAUCUGUGCUAUCCUGACACACCUGGCCAAUGAGUUAGUAGCAAUCAGAACAGCCUCCUUCAGGGUUAGUUUACUUAUUGCUUCUUAAGACAUUUAUUCCUCAGACAAUAAACAUAAUGAUCAAAAAUCCCAAUUUAGCACAGUUAUUCAGGAAAGAAAUAUUUUUGUGAGAAAGGGGGAAAAAGGACAGACUGGAUUUGACUAUCACAUUAGAAAGUAUUUAUCUCUAACAGUUCUUAAUGCCACCCAACCAAUUUUCGAAAACAAUAGAACUUGCUGGUGAAAAAAUGUCCCUUUUAAUUUAAAUAAAUAUAUUGCCAACAGUAAGGGUUUAGAAAUGGAAGAAUAAAUUUUGCCCUGAUUUUCCUUCAGUUCACAAUAAAUGCUCAUGAUGGUAAAAUAGUUCUCUUCAACUCAGAGACGACAUAUAGAGCAUGGGUCAUCAUUGGGGUGGAAAGAGAACAUGGGUACUCUGCUAGUAAUGGAAAAAAUAAGGUUUGCCAAAUAACUUGUACUACAGUAUUUAUUUCAACUGAACGUUGAUUGUUUUCAGUUUUAAAUAAAUCUCUGGCAAACAUUCCUUUUUGCUUAUUUAUUUUUUUGACUGUUUCUGUAAACCCAUUGUGUAAUUCCUAUGUUCAUUGUCUUCAAUGUAAUUCAUAAGUUGACUGUUUUUAAAUGAAGCAUGUCUUUUUAAACUGCCUGAGUUUUCAUGAAAACUGUAAAAAGAAUAUUCAUUGGCAUUUUGUGUUGAUGUGUAAAUAAUUGCAUCAUCUGUGUUACAUUAUAUCAAUACAGAUGAACAACUUUUUUUUAAAUAUUGCAUUCUUUUGAUAUUGAAGAGUGGCAUAGAAUACACACACACACAGACACACACAAACCCCAGAAUAAUUCUUCACUAUGCUGUUUGGGGGUUACAUAUUACUCUUUGUGAAUUUUCGUAAUCCAAAUCUGGCAAUUUAAGGAUAACUGUUAGUUGUUUAAAUCUAUCACCUUAGUAAUUUAGGUUUAUCUUCUGGAAUGAAAAUUGUUGAGAUAACUUUUGAAAGAUCCGUAAUCAAAUCGUAGAGAUGAUUGUUCACGUCAUGAGUUACUGUUUCCAGGAAGGGCUCCACCCCCUCUUUAAGUGAACUUGUACCUUCCAAAGAGGCUGGGGCUCUUAAGGGAGGAACGUUUACAUUCUGUUCAACUGCCUGUCAUUUCUAGAUAAUACAAUGCCUUGAGGCUUUCAGAUGUGUUGGCAAGAGGAUUCAGACAUAAUGGAAGGUUGGAGUUGAUCCUCAUAAGGCUUCUUUAAGUGCCAAAUUCUCUGAUUCCAUUUCAAACUGGGCAGGGCAGAUUCACAUUCCUUGCUGUCUUUAGCUUGGUAGUUUAGUUCUUCCUAAAUAAGUCUUCUGUUGUUGAGAAUCUAAGUCCAAUGUUUAAUCAAAAUGACUGAAGAUAGAAAAUGUAUGGAGGCAAUGUCACAAAAACAGGACUAUAAUUUUUUCUACUCAAUCUACUGUAUCAAACUUGGUUGUACAGGUGGUUGACUUGGUGAGGUUUCUUCUUUUGUUUGUUUUUUUGCAUUGAGACCUCUACACCCAUACUGCUAUUUCCACUCUUGUUAGAAAGUUCAGUAGGAUAAACAAUGUUGGGUCAAUUUUGCCAACAAUUGAGACCCCACAAACUUACUAAAGAGUACAUAAUGCAAUUACCUGACCAAAACCAGAUCCCCAGUAGCCACCAAUAAUGGCAACCACUUAUAUUUUGACAGCUCACAAAAUGUGCCUAUUUCCUCCCAUUUAGCAUAACACAAUGAGGGAGAUAGAAAUCUAAACAUGUUUAUAAACAGGUGAUGUACAUAUAUACAUGUGUAUAUUCUGAAUAUAGCAUAAUAGGGUGAGCUCUUGUUGAGUGAGUGCCUCUGUCCUAAGGUGGAGGACAUGAAGAAGGGUUUCCUGGUGCUACUGGGUAACUCAUGCUUUUGUUUAGCACCUGGUGUCUAUGCUCAGUCCUACCUGUGCCUCCUCUCUCUCCUCCCUCAUUUCUGUUCAUUACUACUAUCUCCUGUUGACUGAGGCAGAGACUAUUGGUUUUUCAAUUAUCCAGCCCCAUAAACAAGCAAUAUUUUUGGAAGAGCAACAUAAAGUCCAGAACAAACUAUAGUAUUAACAUUAGCCAAAAAGUCCCGCAUCUUUAUCAACUUAAAGUUCCCAUUCCAAGGAACGUUCAUGCAUGUUUUAACUUUCAAGGCUCAGUUUUGUGGGGACUCGAGUAUAGAGCUAAGAUAGUUGAAUACAUAACUCCUUAAAUGUCUGUUGUGUAGAUAUAGUCCAGGGGCCGGUUUCUCCAAGAUUUCAUCCAAUCAGCUGCCUGCAUUGUGGUUCUUUCUCUCCAUCUCAUUAGUAUGAUGCCGUAUAUUGCUUCAGUGCUUGGUCAUUAAUGGAAGAAAAAUAUAAAUUGAGUUUUGCCAGAAUGGUCCUAUAAAGUACACUGAACAUGUACAUGUACUGUAUGUAUUACCGUAGAUACUGGAAUCAAUUUAUGUAAAGUUUUAUGAAUGGUUAUUUUAUAAUUUAUGUAUUUAAUAUAGGAAUCAAUGAACUCCAGUGUUUUAGCUUAUAUGGAAAUAAAACAAGCUGCAUUUUUUUAAAAGUU